AUGAAUGUGGAGAACAGCGAAGCGACAGGAAGGGGAGGGGACAUCUCAACAUGGAAAAACUGCAAUGAAAAUCAAGGAAAGUUGGAAAGUGAGGGAAAGCCAGAAGAUGAAGUAGAGCCUGAAAAUGAAGGAAAGUCAAAUGAGAAAGAAAAGCCAGAAGUGGUGGGGAAGUCAGAACAGGAAUGAGAGCUCCAGAAUGAGGGACAGCCAGACGAUGGGAGACAACCCGCACAUGAGGGACAACCAGCAGAUGAGGGGAAGCAAGAAAAGCAGGGCAAGUUCGAAGCUGAGGGAAACCCACUCAAGGGAAAGCCAGGGUCCCAGGCAAAGUCAGAGAGCCAGUCGCGUGCUGCCAAAAAGUGCCCUGCUGAAGAUUAUGUGCCCCAGAAGGCAAAAAGAAAAAAGGAGGAUUCCCCCAAGGACUAUCAGGACAACUUACAGGAAAGGCAUCUGGAGGAGAUACUGAGAGAAUGUGGAGAUCUGUCAAUGGCUCAGCUUGAAGAGCUAAGGAAAAGACAGAAAUUGGGUGGAUUUCAUUGGAUACAAAGAAAUGUACAGGAUCCAUUCACCCCAAGGGGGCAACGGGGUGUCAAGGGAACGAGGGGAGGAGGGAGGAGCCAAAGGGGCAUACAUGAUAUCCCAUAUCUUUAA